CUGAGAGAACCCGAGUGUUUGUAUUCCAAAUAUAUCAGAAAAAUACCAAGUUAAUAACAUACUGGAGUAGUAGCAAAGUCAGUGUUACUCUCCUGUUGCUAAGUGAGAUGGACAGAUGUUACAAAGAGUACAAUUAAUACUCUGCUGCUGUCCCUAAGCCAGAAAGAGGUUUAAUUAGAAUUAAAUUCUAUUUCAUUCCUGAGAAAUUAUAUGGUAGAUAUCGACCCAGAAUUAAAGACUCCAUGAAAACAGAAAGCAUUUGGCUAGUCUUAAUUGAACAAAACCUCUAUUAUGUUAUCCAAAAAAUGCUUGAAAAAUUAGCCCAGGACACAGGCCUGUGUGCAGCAGUCUGAAAGCACAGGAAAAGGAGACACUUCAGCAGGAAUUAGCUGAACUCCAGUUGGGACCACUCCAACAGCUCAAAGUAACCAUAUUUACCACCUCAAACUCAUGUUUUCCAUGUUUUUUAUGGCUACGUAAAUCAGGAAUGUGGUUGACCUGCAUAAGACAUCCAUCAGAUCAGAUUCCAAAUGGGAGUUUUGUGAUGGCCUGGAAGGACACGUGCUCCCAGAGCUGCAGGCAGGGAGCUCAGGGAGGGGCUGACACAGAAUCGUGGCUUUGUCGACCUCUUCUCCCUCUUGCUCCCCCAAAUGAGAGUGCUUUCCCCCAUCUGGGGACAUUGUUUCAUUGGAGCAGUAUUUUGUUUGUUACUGUGCUGUGAGGAGUGGUUUUAUAAGAUUUUUCCCCAUCAAUCAGUAUUCAGUGAAUUGCUUGUUGCUUCAAUAUUUGCUGUGUGGUAGAUAGGGACAGGCGAACGGAAGAUCACGCGAUGUGACGGAAAGCAGCAGGAUUCCUUCUCCCCUUAAUCCCCGGAGAUAAGCGAUCACCCUAGGAAGGUAACCCCCCUAACUCUAGUAACUUUCCAGUCCUUACUAACCAUAGAUGGUACUGCAGACCCCCUCUGACGUAGUGAAGCCCCCUAGACUAUUUAACCCCACAAGAUGAGACAAUGAAGGCCAUUGACCGUCCGCCACAUUGGUGUCAGCGUGCGUCUUUGGCCCGAGUGACCCAUGGCAAGUUUGAGUCGCCUUGCCUUAUAGCAGAAGGCAACAUUGCUGAGAGGUUCCAGGCCAGGCAAUUUCUGCGUGUGUUUUGCUUGAGCAGGUAAGUCAGGCUGUGCAGAGCAGGCUGCAGAGCAGUGAGUUGGAUUGCAGGUUUGUUGCUUCAUGGGCACAGCACAGACUUCGAGAACUCCAGAAUGGUUUGGGUUGGAAGGAACCUUAAAGCUCAUCCCAUCCCAUGGGCAGGGACACCUUCACUAUCCCAGGCUGCUCCACCCUGGAGCACUUGAAGGGCUGGGACAGCCACGGGUCCCCUGGGCACCCUGUGCCAGCAUGUCCCAGCUGUGCCUGGUGAGGAGCAAGCAGAGUGAACCAGACCCCGUUAAACCUUAGCAAAACACAGGUGUAAAACUCAUCAGCUGUGAUUCUGCAGGACUCCAUAGCCAUGCCAGCCUUCCUGCCGUGGUCUUGCUGUCCUAUGGAGCAAUUAAAUUAAUCAAUAAUAACAACUUUUUUUUUAAAGCACUGGUUAGUUUCAAAGUCUGAGGAGAGAAUGACUGUUAAUAUAAUUAGAUUUCCAGCUCCAGUUUCCAGGUUAGGAUAUUAUGGACACGUUUGUUCCUAUCACAUUUGCUUUGUGGUUCAGUAUGAAUUUUCAAUAGAUGACUUUGUGAUAAGAAAGCAGCAGUUCACAUGCAAUUAUAUAAACAGUAAGAUCAGCCUGGAAUUAGCCUGGAGAGUAUAAAGCACACACAGAGCUUGUGCUGGGUCACUGCCUCUCCCAGCUCAAGGCAGAAUCAGGUUCCUGAAAUAGGGAAGAAUUCUGCUGACAAGAGCAUGAGUCCCUUCUUUGUGAUGUCUGUCCUCUUUGGCCUGAUUUUUGGACAAGCAGCAUCACUCUGUGCUCCUUCUGAGUACACAAUCCACGUGGAGAAGCGGGAGUGUGCCUAUUGCCUGGCCAUCAACACCACCAUCUGUGCUGGAUUCUGCAUGACUCGGGACAGCAAUGGCAAGAAGCUGCUCCUCAAGAGUGCUCUGUCCCAGAACGUGUGCACGUACAAAGAGAUGCUGUACCGGACAGCGCUGAUCCCGGGCUGCCCUCACCACACCAUCCCCUACUACUCCUACCCCGUGGCUGUGAGCUGCAAGUGUGGCAAGUGCAACACUGACUACAGUGACUGUGUCCGUGAGAGGGUCAGGACAAACUACUGCACUAAGCCACAGAAGCUCUGUAACCUGUAAAGCUUUCAAUGGGAUGUGGGUGAAAUGUACUGCUCUGCUCACGCCUCAACAGAAAUAAAACAGUUUCCUGUUCGGUUUGCAAA